AAAAACACAAACACAAUAAUAGCUUUCAAUAUUAAAAUCUCAAUGUAGGAUCCAAUGAAGUUUCAUACGAAUAAAUCUUACUCCCUUCCUUUCAUGACACAGGAGCAAAAGCAUGCAAUCUACUUCAGUGUUCAUACUCCGAGUAAUCAGACAAACAAAAUACACCUUCUUGCUUAACAUGGAAAAGGGAAUUGACUUGUGAGGAGGGGAACAAUGAAAAACCAAACAUCCAAAUCCUCAAGGAUCCAGCUCCAUCAUCUAUUCCUAUGAAAAGAGAACAAGAAGGUAUUUGAAAUGGAAUUUAAUUACUUCUUUCUCCAUUAUGUGAUACCAAAGCACACCUCAAGCUGGGAUGUUGCCAUUUCAAAAGUAAACCUUCUUACAGCUAUAAAGACUGGAGGAUCUAUGUGGGAAUGAAAUGCUGACCACAAUAUAACCAAAUUACACAAAUAAGGCUGUCAAAGGGUUAUGAUGAUGGCUUUGCUACUACUUCAGUGUAAAUUCUCUGGAAUGAAUGGUUUUUUUCCCCCUUUAUGCAAAUAAUUUUAGUUUGCACUCCAAAGAAGUAUCCGAAUGGAAAUCAUUGCCUGAAAAUAAUCUGCCAGCACUUAAAGGCAUUGAUAACAUUACGUGUCUUUGUAGCGUAAAGCUAACAUUUUAAUGUACAAGCCCUAAAGAAGAUUCUACCAUUAAUUAAAAUGGCAUCUUAUUUCCAAGAGCCUUAAUCCUCGCAACCUUUUAUUUUAAAAGUUUCUUAGUACCAAAGCAUGCUCUCAUUCCUUUCAAAGUCUCACAGAGAUGACAAAGCUAGGGAGCUUGGGAAAAACCUGAUUACACCUGACAUAUGUAACAAACAGUAUUUUUUUUAUUGCUAUCUCAAUGCAGAUGACAAGCUUUGCAGAGAUACAAUUCAAGAUUUGAUCUGCACCAACUCGGUUUGUUUUGAGGUCAGAAACAAAGAUGAUUUUUUAACUUCUCUGGCAGCUGCCAUCACAAGGUUUGGGAACAUCUGGUCUAAACAAUACAACCACCUGGCUUUGAGCUGAGCUACUUCCUCCUAAACACAGUCACAGUGAUGGCUGGGAAGCGGGAGACAGAUUUAUUUCGUUCUGAUAAACACUGCCUGUUUUGUGGGCCAGACCGCUGGCUGUUUACUUUCCUGUAACAUGCGAUAUGCAAAACUUUGCAACAUGCUUUUCACCCAUUGUUAUUGAAGUGGGAUUAUAUUCGUGGCCCUUGAGCUGUACAAUGCUAAUGAGCUAAAAUAUUUGAGUGAAAAGCUGGGUUGGGGGAAGGGGGGGGGAGGACGUAAAUCAGCUUGGUAAAAAACAGAGGUAGCUCUCAAACAGUUGGCUCAUUGGGGCAACUACAAGUGCGUGACCAACCCCAAAAUAACACAACAUAUGCUUUGGAAUGCACUGUCCUGCAAAGAGAAAUGCUACAACUCUUAAGGGGUAUUUAACUCUUCUCCUUUUCCACAGAAGGUAAAGAAUUGCAAAAGUGGUAUUUUCUAAACAUUUAUCUUGAAGUGAUGUUUACAACAAAAGACAUUUUGACUUUCUGGAAUAUCUUCACAAACUAUUUCGUAAACAAUCCUCAAGCCACAUCCCUGCUUCAAGAAAAGACAAAUUUCACCGUGUUGUAUGAAAAAAAUCCAAAGAAGCUUCCAUGUUGAACUUGGAGAGUAGUUCACCGAGAGAUAGACAUCUGGUUAGAUGCUCUAAAUCAUUAGUACUAGUUUCUGGAAGGCAAAUUAAUACCUCUGUUUCUAUGUGCUUCUUCCCAUCUGAACACAGCAAAGGCAUCCCUUAGACUUUAAAGUCCUGAAAACCUAAAGCAAAUUUUAUGCAGCUUUGACCCAUAAACACCAGAAAGAGCUCUGGUCUAAUGCAAGACUUCAGUCUUUCAGACUCCAGUGCUCUGGAAGAAAUGCAGACUGCCUGGAGGGAAUAAACCUCUGAUUCGUAAAUGGCAUUUUUACAACACUUACGGAAUUCAAAGAAGCUGCUGGAGGAUGGGGGAGAAGAGUCAGCGAAGCCUGACUUUUUGGCAGGAGUUAAGACAGUAGUUUUGCAAGAAACGCACAACUGACCAAAUAGAAAUAGAGAUUUUAGAAGGUCAGUUUUAAACAUAUUUCCAUAUGGAUAAGCUUUUUAAGAAGCUUCUUCAUAUAUAUGUCUGCACAACCUAUCCAAAACUUUUAAACUGUAAUGUUGCUACAUUGGGAAACAUUAUAAGUUUAAUGUAUUACAUUUUUUAACUCUUCAUGGCACCUACAUAGGCAAAGACUAUAUUUUUCAAUGUGCUAAGAGGGUUGAUCAAAAUCCUACUAAAAGCCUAGUCUUUGCUGUCAGGGGGUGUAGUAUGCUUAAGAUUACUGAUCCUCACACAAUCAACUUACACAGGUUCCUUCUGGUGGAGAAUACUAAAUGUGGCACAGACGGACAGUACAACCUUUACUUAAAGAAGCUGCCAUAUAACCUGGUUUCAGAAGCCAAUAGCACUUAAUUCUUGCAGCCUAAUUAGCUAUUUUUCAGUGUCCAGUCUUCAAAUUUUUGUCUAAGGUGAUUAAGACAGGAUCAUCUACUGCAUGAAUGCUCAGAGUAACUAUGACUCUUGCCGUAUUGGCUGCUGCAUUGGUAAGCCCAGUGGGUUACCUCACUCUGCUAAAGAUCAGGGGACUGUGGUGACAUUACAGACUUGGCAGCUUCCUAGAAAGGCACUGAUAAACACAUAUUCUGGACUCUCCUACAAGAAGAAACCGGACGGAGUAGGGUGGAUGGCAGCAUGGUAUUGAUUGUUGUCAUAUGGGAAUCUUCUGAAGGAGCAAAGAGGACACCCCAAGAGCCUGCAGUAAUUUCUAUCCACUAGCACAAUGUAUUCCACAUUUUUAUCUCAUCUUCUCCAGAUAACGCUGCUGAGCAUCUGGUUCACAUAUGACAAAGAUCAUAACGUAGCUGCAAGCAAAUUUGCUACAACCGGUAAAGACAGAGUCAGUGCUGGGGUUCUGCAGCUAAUCAGCAAGGGCUAUGUCCUGCCACUGAAUGUGGCUGCUAACUGUUCCCAGGAGGGCGCACAGUCUCAGAUGGUGCCAGUGAGAGCCGCUGCUGAGUUUAAGCAUCUUUUUUUCCUCACCUUCAUCCCACUUUUACACAGCCACAAGUCCUUCUUUGUUAAACAAGAUCCAUUGUCAUGCUGCAUUCACUCUUACUUAUUUUAUGAUGUUUAUUAUUUUUGAGCCUAUAGGGCCAUAUACUGAAAUGUAGUACUACAUAACAGUAUUACUUCUGAACCCUGACUGGAAGGUUCUGUCCUCCCUGCACCCUGCAAAGUCACAAGGAGCUGGGGCACUGUAAUAAACAGCACAAGAUUUACAUGAACAGCGUUCCUACAGGCUGGCCACAGGGCCUCUGAGGCACUGGUAACACAGUCUUCUUUUCUGCAGGCAACACACGGAGAUAUUUCCCUGGAAGCUUUCUUAGUCCUAGCCCGAUUGUUCUGUCUUGUGGGGGACCGUAUUGAGACAAAGCCUAUUCAAAACUGAGAGAUUCACCUAUCGCAAAGAGAUAUAGCUCAGUCAUCUAAGCAAUGAUAGGACCUGCAAGAAGCAGAUGGGCUGGAAGCAACACAAAUGUCUUAUUUGCUGCUGUGAAGUACUGUGAUAACUCAGGAUAAACACAUUUCAUAAAUAUUAGGAGCACUCUUUCUCUAGAUUCCAGUGCCUCUUCCAACCCAUUUUUCUUUCUUGUUGUGAAUUCAAAUGAAGAUAGAAGCAUGUGGGAAACGCCUGGCCAUUACAUUCUUAGCUGCCCAUUUUGAAAAACCUUUCCUUUCACACAUUCCAAAAUAGUUGAAGAACACAGAUGGCUAAUCCACCCAUGGCACGUGCAUCCAUUUAGUCAAUGUAUCACAAAGCAAAACCUGACUUCUGUCUGCUCAAAAUCUCUCUCUGUUGUUGGCCUUCAAUAUUGCAUUUACUGAAACUCAUUAGACUGCUACAGGAUACAGGAUAAUUCAAACAAAAUAAAAGCUCUGGAAGACGAUGGAAGGCUCCUGACAGUCUGCACAAGGUACUCUGCAGAAGAGACCAAUCUGAAGCUGUAAAGACUGUGGAAAUUUAAGCAAGAUCCAGUCAUUUUAGGAAUUCUUAGCACUGGUAGAUUCAUGCCUCAGCGCAGAAAUGCUAAUGUCUGCAUGUAAAUGGCACAACUUCCUCAUCUUCCCUUUCCUCUAAAAUAAAACAAAAAUACCUACAGGGUGCAGGACUAUCUGCUUAUACUCUGCUUGCCAAUUUACCAUGUGCUUUCACAUCUUUUCCCUAUCAUCUUCCUGGUUUUGUUUAGUACCACAUACUGAAACAGCAACCUUCACCAUCUCAGAAAAAGUAACCUCAUCUCUCCAUUGUAUCCCCUAGAAAGUUAAUUAAAAAGGGAAUAUAAGGAUCCCUUAAAACCUUAUAUAGGCAGCCAUUAAAUGCACAGUAGUCCCCUGAGGCAAAAAUAUAGUGACUCCCUACAGGUAACUCUGCCCCAGGCAGACCUCCCCUUCUUUCUCUCCUUUUCACCUUUUAAAUGUUUGAGUUGAUAAAAGCCUUUUGAUGAUGUAAAAAAAAUAUUUAGACUUUCAAGAAUAAAACAACCAACACCACAGUGAAAGAGUAAGAGAGUCUUGACCUUCCACUCACAUUCUGGUUGGAACAGGGAGGAAUGUAGGAAAUGUAUGUGUUCAACAUGAGAAGUUUCCAGGAAAGCCAGAUUAUUUUUUUUAUUUUUUUUUUUUUUAACUGACAAGCCAAAAUGAAAGUGCAACUGACUUCCAGAUGAGGGUGUGGUGCUUGAAGACAAAAUGCAAUGUGUCAGACCAAUUCAGAUCAUUUCACUGAAGCACAUCUCUAUUGCAGUACCGGCUACUAGUCUACUGACAAAAGGAGCUUUGCCAUGGGCUGGGAUACGAAUAACUCAACCGAUUACUGGAUUGAGGAUGAAGAAGACUAUCUCAACUCUGUAACAGAUUACAAUACAUAUGAGCUUCUCUGUGAAAAGAGUGAUGUGAGAAAUUUCAGUAAAUUAUUUCUCCCUGUGUUCUAUGCAUUGGCUUUCACUGUUGGAGUUGCUGGAAAUUCAUUAGUGGUUGCAAUUUAUGCCUAUUGCAAGAAACCGAAGACUAAGACGGAUGUGUACAUCAUGCACCUAGCCAUUGCUGAUCUGCUCUUGCUCUUUACACUCCCUUUUUGGGCUGCAAAUGCAGUGCAGGGAUGGGAACUUGGAAACUCAAUGUGCAAGCUCACUUCUUCUCUGUACACCAUGAAUUUCAGCUCUAGCAUGCUGUUCCUGGCCUGUAUCAGUGUGGAUAGGUACAAGGCCACUUCCGAAUCCCAGAGUCAUAGAAGAAUUGGUAAACACUGCAGUGUUACCUGCAUCUGUGUCUGGCUGUCUGCUAUUUUCCUCAGUAUCCCUGAACUGAUAUUUAAUCAAGUCAAGAAACACAAUGACAGGAAUGAAUGCCUUCCUGUAUUUCCAAUGAACAUGGAAACACUCUUAAAAGCAACCAUUCAAAUCUUGGAAAUUAUCCUGGAAUUUCUGCUUCCUUUCCUAGUAAUGCUGAUCUGCUAUUCAGCUACUGCUCGAGCAAUCUUUAGAUCUGCAAAUGUUAAAAAAUCUAGACCUUUUAUGGUUCUGCUGGCAGUAGUGGCUGCUUUCAUUAUCACCCAGCUACCUUACAACAUAGUUAAGCUCUGGCGAGCCAUAGAUAUCAUCUACAUGUUGAUUACUGACUGUGAUGCAAGCAAAACCAUAGAUGUUGCACUCCAGGUCACCAAGAGCAUAGCUUUGUUUCAUACCUGCCUGAACCCUCUUCUCUAUGCCUUUCUGGGUGCCUCUUUUAAAAUGCAUAUUAUGAAAAUCGCAAAAAAUUAUGGAUACUGGAGAAGACAACAACAGAAUGGAAGACCUGAAGAAAUUUCUAUGAAUUAUGAAGACCACACUGAAGAAACAAUUAGUUUCACUAUAUAGCAUCUCCAUUACUUUCAUUAUCUUAUAUAACCAAGGGAAUUAUUUACUAAUUCUGGUGGUAUUGUUUCAGCAGCUUUUUCACUGCAUUUCAACUUUCAGAUGAAUUUCUGAACCUGCAGACUAGCCAAGACAGUACAGUGCAGUUCCAAGUGGAACAUAUUGAUCAAAAUUAGGCAUCAGGCGAGAACUAAAUCCUGAAAUUCCUAGAAACUACUAGAGCUGUUUAGUAGGGGAAAAAAAAAAAAAAAAAGAAAAGAAAAAAAACCAACCCAAACCCAAAAAACCUACAACAAACCCCAAACACCUAAAAAAAUCCCAAGAUGUAAAUUUAAAAGUGUCACAGUAGCAGGCAAUUAAAUAGCUGUGUAGCGAACAAUCUGUACACGUGCAAACAUCUACAUAAAACAGAAAAAGGAACCAUCAGUAAUAAAAUAGCAGUACAGAUUCUUUUGUACCAAAAAUUAAUAAUCUUGUGUUUCUCCAACUAUUCUGUAAAACUUUCGCACAUUUGCCUAAUAAGUCAGUUCCAUUUCUUUUCCUCUGCUAUCAUUCCAUAUACUUUUGCAGCUUGAAGUGAGGUAUAAGUUCAUGGCUGAGAACUGAGAGAGAGGAGAAAAAACCCAUUCUGUAUGUCAUUCCGCAUACAUAUAGCAACAACAAUAUCCUCCCCAACGAACAGUAAAUCCUUCUCAGUAACUACCAAAAAUGACCUUUAACCUCUCCUUUUUGGCUCACUCUAAACUUCAACAAGCCCGGUGCCCCGUGGGAGGCACAUUUUAGAUCUCUGUAAAUGCUACCCCAGUGUCAAAUAUACAAAAUAACGUUAAAGCAUUGGCAGAAAUGUAACGAAAAGUUAAGUUAAUCUUCAGAUACAGGGCCUGGAAUUUCUAGUCUGAAUUUGUAAAAUGAAUCAAACACUACAACAACUGUAUCUGCUAAAAUAUAUGGAGAUAAAAUAAAAUCAAAGAAUACAAGUACGCUUU